UGGCACUAAUAACAGAAGCGUUAAUUUUUUUCUUUUUAUAUUGGACCCGAGCUGGAUAAUAAAACAAGGAGAUUGACCAGGAGACAUUUGCAAGCAGGACUACAAUGGACGUUCCAUAGAAGUGUUUUAGAGGUGUUUUUUUUCUCAAAUCGGUGCACUUUUUUCCGACCGUCAUGAGGCUCGCCAGAAGUGGCUGGCACUUGACGCUGCUGCUGGCGACCGCCGGGAUGGUGACUUCCGGAAACGGUGGCGGUCAGAGGCGCGGAGGUAACGAGAGGCGGAGAAAGCUUCAUCGCGUGCAGAACGGCCAAUGCAGCUACACCUUCAUCCUGCCGGAGAUGGAGGGCUGUCAGGGCGGUGGGGACCACAUCGCCGGGAGCAACGUGGUGCAGAGGGACGCCCCGCCGGGCGAGAGCGAGUGGUCUGCUCAGAAGCUGCAGCAUCUGGAGAUGGCGAUGGAAAAUAACACGCAGUGGCUGCAGAAGUUGGAAAACUACGUUCAGCAGACUGGCAUGGUGCAUAUCCAAGCGGAUGCGGUGCAUAACCAGACGGCCACUAUGUUGGAGAUUGGCACUAACCUGCUGACACAGACCGCUGAGCAGACCAGGAAACUCAAUGUAGUGGAGACCAAAGUUAUGAACCAGACAUCAAGAAUUGCAAUACAGUUAUUAGAGAAUUCCCUAUCAACAAACAAACUGGAGAAGGAGCUCUUAACACAGAUUUCAGAAAUUUCAAAACUCAGAGACAAGAACAGUCGUUUGGAGGAUAAAGUCCUGGUACUGGAGUCACAGCAGAGGAGCGAGCUGGAUGGAAUGAGAGAGGAAAAAGAAAGACUGCAGGACCUGGUGAAGAGACAGACGUCAGCUAUAACAGCUCUGGAGAGACAGCUGAGAGCCGCCAGCAGCAAUAACUCGGCCCUGCAGAGACAACAUCAGCAGCUUAUGAAGUCUGUCCACACGCUCAUUGGUCUGGUGUCUAUUGGACCCGGGUUCUCACCGUCUCCACAGCGGUUUCGAGACUGUGCCGAGGCCUAUAAAUCUGGACACAACAUCAGUGGUGUCUACCACAUUUACAUUGGAGACAUGACUGAGCCGACAAAGGUCUUUUGUGAUAUGGAGACGAGUGGAGGUGGCUGGACGGUAGUCCAGCGAAGAAUCAAUGGUAGUUUAAACUUCCAGAGAGGCUGGAAAGAGUACAAAAUGGGAUUUGGUGAUCCCAGUGGAGAGCAUUGGUUGGGUAAUGAGGCCGUUCAUCUGAUGACAAGUCAAGCCCAGUACUCCCUCCGAGUGGAACUUCGAGACUGGGAGGACAAUGGUGCCUACACACUUUAUGACAAAUUUCAGCUGGCCAGUGAAAAACAACAGUACAGGCUCUCACUAGGCAGCUAUAGCGGAACAGCCGGACAACAAAGCAGUUUAGCAUCAAACGGCACAGGUUUCAGCACCCGGGACGCCGACAACGAUAAGUGUAAUUGCAAAUGCGCCCUCAUGAUGACGGGAGGCUGGUGGUUUGAUGCAUGUGGUCUCUCCAACCUGAAUGGAAUCUACUACACAGUGGGUCACAACAUCCGCAAACUCAAUGGGAUUAAGUGGCAUCACUUCAGAGGACCCAGCUAUUCCCUGCAAUCGACUGCCAUGAUGAUCCGACCAGCUGAAUUCUAACAUUGCGAUUUGAGUAUUAUCACGUCGAAUGAACCUUCAAACCAAUAUGCCUUACAAACAUCCUCGCAAGCAACACAGUUCUGAAAGAUAUUUGACAAACAAUCAGGAACGUACGAAUGCCGAUGUUUUAUAGCAAAUCAGAAAGACAGAAAUGUUAAAAACACCUCAUAUCUGCUCUGCGAUUUCUCCUUCAAAGCACAUUUCUCUUUCUCAGACCCACAACUUCUGUUCUCUGGACGUACGGCUCACAAACUGAAACAAUGUCAACAAUGCUUUGACAAGGGUCAUUGUUGUGGCAUCAAAUAAUCCCCCGUGCCAGAAGAACACUGAGAACUUUAGGAGGACUAAAGGGAUUAAAAACUCACGCUGAUUAUAAACAAAAGACUCAGUGAGGCUCUUCAUGUUUUUGGACUUAUUUUGAACAGUCGAUGCUGUCCAGACGAACACCAAAUGCACCUUCAUAUUUGUGUGGUAUUUUAACAAUAGCUCAUAACUGGAUAUUUUGAUAUUGUGCAUUUAUUAUGCUUCUAGCUUCAUUUUUAUAUGUCAAUGUUCUGAAUUGCGUCCAAAGGUAAUGCGUAACGCAAGUGUAUAUUGUAUCAUCAAUGCGACGGGAAUUACAGAACGCAUAAUGAACAAAAGCAGAAACACGGAAGAUCUGGGUAACAUGAACAAUUUAGCCCCUCAAGAUGAGCCAACCUGAAUAGCCUACUGUCAUUGAGAUGAAAUGCUAAUGGCUAACGUUCCCCAGGUAUACAAAUCUUAUUGGGUAGCUACCUGAAUGAUAACACAUCAGCAUGGACAUUUACAGAUAAUGCCAUGACUCCUUAGGUUUGAUACUACCAUCGCAAGAUGAGAAUACGCGAAGUAUGUACAAUGGGACUGUGUGCUUGUAUUCACGUUUGUUGUUGCAACACAGUUUUACGGGAAUUGAUGACAUUGUCACGAAAUGUAAUCUAUUAAUUUGUGUUCAUAGACACAGAUUUCUUCUUUCUUUUGUGUCACCCAGCACGAUAAUCUAAGAUAUUUUCAUACGCCAUAUCGUGAAUACAUAUCGACGCAAUCUGAUGGGAAUUCGUAGGCUACCUGUUUCACGAAGUGGCUCAUUCGUGUGAAUCCCUACAAUCUCAUUUGUACAUCCUAUUAUGUUUUGAUUUGCCCCUGUGACGUUGGUUUAGGGGCAGGGUUAGUGUGGGCCUUAAUUGUUGUUUUGCAAGAUUGUAAAAUUGGAGCGUUUUAGCAAAAUUAGCCUUUGCGGCUGUGAUUUUAGGGGUUUGGGCUGGGAUAAGGUGUUGGGAGAGCCACCUCCUUAAAUACUUAUGACCAUUUUUGAUAUCAGGUUAUAAAUGUAUGCACGCGGUCUGCUUAUUGAAAGUCAUGUUGACUGACACAAAAAAAGAGGUAAAUUCGUGAGCAAGAAUUAAUAGAUUCUAAAUUUCACUGCCUUGAAACUGGGUUGGUUUUUGCAUACUUACAUAAAGUAUGUGUCCGGCCCAAGAAAAGUUGGCCUCACUCAUGUGAUUUGUUCGUUUUUGUGUGUGUGUGAAAGAAAAAUGCUAUAUUUUGUUUACUGAUGUCUUUGUAUUCUUUAAAUUUAGAAUGACCUGUUCUUCCAAUGUAUGAAAAGUCAUGUAGAGUAUAUUUGAAGGAUGCACUUUAAGGAGCAAAAUAAGAGGUUCACCCUGUUGGCAGAUACUCUGAAUGUCUCUACAACUGAUAUAAAUGAGGUUAUAAAGUUGCUGCUUCACAGUAUUAGCUUUUGACCGUAAACCUUUCAACAUGUAUUACUUCUUUUAGCCAAUAAACCUUUCAUUGCAUAAUAAAACUUUGCAGGAACAUAAGAAGAUCAGCUACGCAAUCGAAAUGGAUAGUAGCUUUUUUAAAUAAUGUUGAAUACGCCAAAGGCUGUUUUGUCUCUUGAGAUAUUUGCUUCCUAGUUCAUGUUUUUUACUUUAAACUCAAGUCCAUCUUUCCGCCAAGAACAACGGAAGCGCAAAACAUUCCUUCUGUAAAAUGCCUAUAUUUGUAUGAUAAAUCUUCAUUUUUGUUUUGUUUUGUGAGA